AUGGUUAUCUGGUUGGCCACGACUAUGCAGCUUCACAUACACAACCGUCCAUGUCUCGCCACAGCAUACCGGGUCCCACAGUACUCUGGUCAUAGCCCGUGGUUUCGCUCAGGUCGAGCCCUGCCCAUCACCCUCGAAAGAGGUUUCGGUCUGGGUCGACCCGCAAUUCCGUUUGUAAUUCAUUUGGCGAAGACGAAUGAAACGACAAGUCCCACCGCAAAUCAAACGAAAACCAGUAGAUACACGGAUGUUCGUGGUGAGACCGUGAUGGAGAUGCAGCAAGGAAAGGUCCGCGUACGGGCCUCGCUUGAUCUGCGCGCAGGGCCACCCAAGCCUGAGUUGAAGAGGGCAGCUCUUUUUAGAGAUGUCGCCAUCGUCGCAGAGAUGCCCGGCGCGGACUACUGGAGUCGUCAAUCCUGCUAUGACAUGAAGGUUUGCACCGAGACGUGUCUAAUGCACGUCAUUACCCAAAGCACUGCGCUUGGGAGACAGCAUUUCGGGCCAGACGUUGAACUGUUGAAUGUAUGGAAGGUCAACUUUCAAUGGUUUGAAACGCCUCUGGUGUGA